UAUAAUUUACAGUUAACAGCCGACGGAUGUGUUUUUAGAAUCAAUCAAAGAAAUAUGCAAAAAUAUCUGAAGUUGUUGACGGUUUUUUUAAUCGUUGUGCCAAGAUGCACAAUCAGCAUAGAUUUAAAUGAAAAAAUUCAGAAGAUCAUUGAAACCAAUGACGAAAUUAUAAGACAAUUGGAUGCCCAAAAUGAAGAGAAAAAAAGUGUCUAAACUUUGAGGAAGCAAUAAAUUCUACAAGAGAUAACAUUUCAACUUUGGAGAAUCAAUUAAAUCAGUGUCGAGAGCAGAGCAAAAAUCACACAGAUAUUCUCCAGUUGAAAAUCAAUGAUAACGAAAUCAAAUUAAAGAUUAAAGACGAGAUUAUUGCUAAUCAAAAAACUGAAAUAGAACAGAAUGUAUUACUCUUGAAGAUUCAAGAAACUGAAAUCAAUAAAAAUAAUCAGCAACUAGAGGAUUACAGAAAUCUAAUAGAAAAAAUGAAUUCAAUUAUAAAACCUUGUGAAAAUGUAAUUUCAUUGCUGGAGUCGGGAAACAAUAAGAUUAAUCAGCAAAUUUCAAAACAAAACUCAACGUGCUGGAAUUCUGUGAGCGAACUACAGCAUGAAAACACAAAGUUAAAUUCACAGCUUCAGAACAUUACAACGGAUAUAAAAUAUCUAGAAAGUCAACUCACUGAUUGUAAAUUAAACAACACUAAUUUUGCCAAAUAUAAUCAUGAUCAACAAAGAUUAUUAGACCAAUGUCAAAAGAGUAAAGAAGAUAUGCAAAAAGAUAUUCAGAAUCAAAAAAUAAUCCAAAAUGAGCUAAAUAACUGUAAAAACUACAGUUCACUCAUUGAAAAUCAGCUAAGAGUCACUCAACUGAAUUUGACAGAUUUACAAGACGAGUUGACGAAGAUUCAAAAGAAGACCGUAAGAAUUCUACCAAAGUCUUGUUUAAAUUUAAGUCCUGGUAUUCAAGAGAUACAACUUCCAAAUAAUAAAAGUUGUAAUGUUCUUUGUGAUGAUGAUGGUUGGAUGAUCAUUCAGCGUCGAAUUAAUGGAGAACAAAAUUUUGAUAAAAACUGGCAAGAAUACGUGGAUGGAUUCGGAUACUUGGAUGGGGACUUUUGGUUUGGAUUGGAAAACCUGCAUCUGUUGACAAGUUCAGAUCGUCACCAGCUAAACAUUAUAAUGACAAUAUAUGGGUGUACAAGUUUUGUUGAAUAUGACGACUUUCGUGUAGGCAAUUCAGAUUCUCUAUACGAAUUGGAGUCAUUAGGAACAUUUAUAAAGGGAAGCAAGAAAUAUCCAUUUAACAUAAAUUCGUUAAAAGCGAAAGUAAAUACGAAAUUUUCAACAUAUGAUAAAAAAAAUAAUCCAAAUGCUUAUGAAAAUUGCGCUGAAAAUGGCAUGGGUGGCUGGUGGUAUUCUAAAUACUGUAGGAACAGCAACUUAAACGCGCCAUACAAUCGCGAAAUGGUUUGGUUUUAUAAAACAGUAACUUCCGCAACUAUGAAAAUUCGCCCAUACUCUAAUGAGUAUUAAAAGUCUCUAUUCUCUUUAAUACUUAUUUAAUGCUUUAUAGAAACUUUUAAUUUUUUUUUGCUAAUAUUG